AUAUAUUACCCACAAGUAUAUUUUAAUUGAAAUAUGUUUUAUAAUAUUAUGCUGCCCCAUAAUAGAUGCUGAAAAAUCUACAUUGUUGAAAAGAAACUGUUAUGAUGAAAGUAACAACACACAGACAUCAUUAUUCUCGCCUGCUAUGAUUAAUUCAGAUAAUGAUGAGGCUGAAGAGACAUCAUUUUUUAGCAGAAAACUUAAAUUUAAAACUGAUAAUUCUAAAGAAAGAAGAAAUCAUAUGGAAAAUAUUGGAUACAUAAGUCCUCGGAAUAGCCCUGAUUUUUCUAACAAUGGAAGAAAAUCAUUUUCAUUAUGUGAAGAUCAUGAUGCGAUUAAUGAUAAAGAGUUCAAAAAACAAAUCAUAAGACAAAUUAUGUAUUUCAAAGUAGAGCUGAAACAUAUUACAAACACACUAACAAAUAAUCACUAUGAAUUGUUAGAGAGAGUACAAUCAAUUGAAAAGUUUCUGGAGGAUAAACCAACUAAAUUUUAUGAACAAACAAAUGUAGACAUAAACUGUAUGUCAGAUUGCUCUAUACCAAUAGAUAAUGUGGUGGAUUUAAACACUUUAGAGGACAAAACUUUGGGCAACAAGAAUUCAAAAAAGCUUUGAUAAAUGAAUUAUCACAUGUUGGAGGGAAAAAUGUAAAAACGGCCGUGAAAAGAAUCAUGUCAAAACUAUUUACAAAUUGUUUUCUUGCGGACUAUUCAUUUACUGGUAAAAAGGGGAAAAAGAAGUUUUGCGAUUUGUUUAUAUUUCCAAUUAUUUUAAGUAAGUAUGUGGAAAAUAUAAAUCAAUUUAUAUAACACUUGCAAUUUGGAUACUUAAUUCUUUCAAGAAAAUGUACUGGUUUCUGACCAUUAUAUUGUGUUAAUUAUAUUGGUUAGGUUGUAAUUAUCAUUUAGUUAUUUUGUUCCUUUUUUGUGUAGCUAUGUAUGAAU